AUGAGAUCGAUGAGAGACUUUGCCGCUGUCUACAAAGCUCAAGGGGGUGUCGGGAUUGAAAAAAAAGACCUAGGGUCGAUUUUUUUGGUACUGGGACGUUGGGCUGAACCAACCACCCAACGUAAUCAGGCACGUGUCUACUUUAGGAAAUAUGACGUCACCGCCACGCAGCCUUCCCUCCUCGUCCUCCUCUCGACGUUGAACAUGCUUCGCAGACCCAAUUCUUGGGCACCUGCUCAAUGUAAACACAAACGAGGCGUUAAUGGUUGCCACACUUCCGAAAGUAAGAACUUCGCUCACCUGGAAACUGAUCCACUGACGUGGAUCUUGGAGUUACAGGAUCAACUGUCUGACCUUGCAGCACGUCCACCACUCUUUCGAUCACUCUUGAUAUCUUCCGCAAUUCGCGCACGAACGUUGAUCUCGAACACUGUUCCGGCUCAUCGUGAAGUUCUGGAUCCUCGAUCCUGUCCUUGCGCAACUGGAUCUGCUGUUACAGUGCUAGGCACUGGUUUCGGAUGUGGUUUCAUGAAUAAUGUUCUCUACCCCUGCCGUACCACAUCUCUUUCUUUCGCCGCACUCCGGACAUUUGACGUAACCUUCGUCAUCAACUUUGAUUUUGGCUACCUUAUGUUCCAUUUCGGUGCCUGCUAG